AUAAGCCCCGCCCCUCUCGCUUGCAACGUUAUACAAACAGCUAAUAGCACCGAGGAGCGGACGCGAACAGCCUGAGAAACGUCGAAAAUGGGGGUGGAAGUUAAAGUCGAAUAUUGCGGUGGAUGAGGUUACGAACCCCGCUAUCGGGAGCUCGCCUGCGUCGCUCAGGGCGAGUUUCCCGAUGCGGAUGUGUCCGGCUUUGUGGGAAGGACAGGCAGCUUCGAAAUAGUGAUAAACGGGCAGCUCAUCUUUUCCAAGCUUGAGACAGGUGGCUUCCCAUAUGAGGAUGACAUUAUCCAGGCAGUCCAGGAUGCCUGUGAUGGGAAACCUGUUCAGAAGAUCACCAAUAGCCGUGCUCCGUGCGUCAUCUUGUAGCUCUCUCUGAUCUGCUGCAACAUCAGCAGCAUGAUGGAGGCAUCCAUCCAAAAUGAAGCAGUCUGACGCUGUGUCAGCUGGCUCCUCUCUCUUCUCCUGUUAGAUUCUUCAGGUUGUUAAUGAUUGCUGUAAUUUAAAAUCCUUAAGGUUAUAGCAUGACGAAUGCCUUCCUGGAGUUUCAUAGGAACAGAGAUGAGGAGAAGUUGUCACAGAUGGGAUUAAGGGAGCAUGUGCACUUCUGCCUCUCUAGCUGGCAUUUUAAAUGCCCCAAUGUUUGAAUAUUUUACUUUUUAUUUUAUCGCAUGCAGCUAGGAAUUGAUAUCAAACACACAAUAUUAUAAGGGUGAAACAUGAAUAGGAAGAGAAACUACUGAUGUCUUUGCACAGCUGUGGAGCAGUUUUUUUUUUGUCCUUUCCUCAGAGCUAGUCUUCGCUUUUGGAUAUAAAUUGUGAUUCUGUGGCUUUAAGCUUUUAAAGUGAGCAUGAACCAAGUUCAUUUUUCAUCUAUUCUAAAACACAUUUAAUUUAAACCCUUCCAUACUGGAUACAUAUUCAGUACUUAUCUGAGAACCAUCAUUUUUUGCUGUAAUAAAAUUUCUCAGUUGAUGUUGAAACUGCAGAAUUUUAAUAAAUUAAAUUCUUGUAAUAUA